UUUCUCAGCAGUUGUCAAAUUACAUCAUUGUAGUGCGGGUGUUUGUUGUCAACUUUAAAAAAUCGAUCGUGUUUAUUCGCGCAACAAUUAAAAUAAAAUUCCUGUGAGAAUGUCGCUAGAACUGGAAUUCGACUAUGACAAGGUGACAUCACAAAUGGAGGGCUUCUCCCAGGAGCGUAUUGAUUAUUUACGGGAAUGGACUGGGAAACUGGACCCGUCGAAAUGUGUGCCGAAAAAUAUGACUGAUAAGCAGCUGCUCCUGUUCUACAACGCGUGCUACUUCGACAUGGAGGCGACCAAGACGUGCAUCGAGAAGUACUACGCGUGCCGAAAGAACGCGCCUGAACUGUUCGACGGCCGGGACGUGAACGCGCGUGAACUCCGACCUUCUGUGGAGGCCCUUGAGUUCUCGUUCCUCCCGGAGAAGUCGGCGGAGGGGUACGACGUGAUCUUCCACCGGCUGCGGCUCACGGAGCCCUCCAAGUACCACCUGGAGCCCGGCUGCAAGCUGCUCUUCAUGACCGUCGAUGCCUGCCUAAGUAAGCGGGGGCCGCAGCCAGGGUACAUCUUCCUUUUUGACAUGACGGGAGUCAAAUUUGGACAUCUCACCAGAGUCAGUUUAUCGACCCUGCGCAAGUUCUUCGCGUACAUCCAGGAGGCGAUGCCGGUGCGCAUGCGCGCCAUCCACGUGCUGAACACGGAGCCCGUGCUGGACAAGCUGCUGCUGCUCAUCCGCCCCUUCAUGGACAAGAAGCUCUUCGACCUGAUAAAGUUCCACAGCAAAACGGAAGACCUGGAGAAGUUCUACGAAACGGUGAUCCCGCGCUCCGCCCUCCCACCGCAAUACGGCGGAACCCUCCCAGAGACCCAGGUGCUACACAAGAAGUGCAUGCAGCAGCUCAGCGAUAUGGAACCCUACUUCACGGCAGAGGAGCAGCAGAGGAAGGCGGCCAUUCACGACAAGAAGGGCAAGUCUUUGGAGACCACGUUUAAGAAACUAGAAAUAGAUUAAGUAGCUUACGGGCAGUUUCACAUUUGGGGAAUAAUUAUGUAGUUUUGCUGGACUUGAGUAUGAAAUGUAGCGAAUUUAGUCAUACAUGUAGUAUGACUAAAGUUUAUGCAUAGGUUGAUUUACUCAGGUGGCUUAGUAUUUCGAUCGUAAUCAUGACAUAAAUAGCGGAUAUGGGUUCCGUAAAUAAAGAAACUAUAUUAAUACGGCGUUGCAUGUAUGGUAUGAUAGACCUACGAUUAGAGCGAGAUAGCUCAUGCUUAGUUAAUGGUGAACGAACAUAUUAUAAUAUUCAUAUAGUUUCUUUAUUCACAGGCAUAUAAUGCACGGCCAAAAUUAUAUUUUGAAGUUUGUCAAACCGUAAUUACUUUAGUGGAAGUUUGACUUUUCCUGUAGCUUGAUCUCUGUUGUAGGUAGAUUUAUGCAUCUGCAUCAGUCUUCUGCCAUUGAGUGAGAUCAAGCUAUAUUUUGAAACACUGAUACAUUGGACUAAUAUUACUAGC